AUGAAUCAAAUUUUGAACGACGCAUAUGACCGGUGGGAGGAGCAGAUGGGUGGUGGUGCUGGUGGUAGUGGUAGGCCAUUGUUUAAAUUUCAGUUGAAACAAAUAGGAAAACAACGAAGAUGGCGUGAUGUCGUCAGGCGAGACACUUUUCAUGCCGAGUUAAGGCAAAUAAGAGAUGCUGUGGAAGGAGAUAAUAUUGGAGUGGCCUUAACUGAAGCUCUUUAUGAAGCAAUAGAGACAGAACUCCAACGACAAAACAGAGCAAACCAUCAUUGGCUCAAUUUGGCCAUUCCGGCAAAUGGAUUUGCACACGCCUACCAGUCGGCGAAUUUUACUGUGCAGGAAUUCCGACAGCGUACGCAAAGAUUGGAUGAAUUACUAUCCAAGUUGGCGGGCAAAUUAAAUUCAAAUGAAGCAUUCAUACCCAGUGAGGGAUUUCAAGUGGAUGUAGUGAUGGUAUCGAUGCCGGGCCCUGGGUCCGGUCAUGCAAAAAAAAACAAUCCCGGCCAACGAUGUCUGGAUAAAGUCAACAAAAAGAAAAAAUGUAUCAUCUCGAUAAACAACGAUGAUACUCUGUGUUGCGCUAGGGCGAUAGUCACAAUGAGGGCCCAUUGCCAUAGGAAAGAAGGAGUUGACGGGCACAGAAAUUGGGAAAACCUCAAACGUGGCCUGCCUAUACAAAAAAAACAGGCAAGAGAAUUACAUCAGCAGGCGGGAGUGGCCGAGGGCCCAUGUGGCUUGCACCAACUGAAACAGUUUCAAGAAGCAUUAGGGCCGAAUUACCAACUACUCGUCAUGACAAGGUGUAAACCCUUUUUCCUUAUAUUCAAAGGUCCAACUGCUGCCAAUCAGAUACGACUUAUCAAGUCCAAUGAUCAUUAUGACGGGGUAACCUCCUUUCCCGCCUUCGUAAAUCGCUCCUACUACUGUAUCGAGUGCGAGAAAGGAUUUAACACUGAUGACAGAGCCCACCACGCAUGCCAAGGCAGGAGAUGUUCAGCGUGUGCACGAUUUGACUGUCCUGAUUAUGUUUCAGGCAGCGAGCCAACGGAUUAUUGUUCACACUGCCACACCAAGUUCUUUGGGAUUGAUUGUAAGAAUCAUCAUUUUACCAGCAAUAUGUGUGCAACACAUCAAACUUGCAGAAACUGUUUUGCACAGUACAUGGUCAUCAAGGGUAAAAGGCACAAGUGCGGUUUUGCUAAAUGUACUUCAUGUAAGAAAUACGUACAGAUAAAUAACCACAAGUGUUAUAUACAACAAGUGAUGCAGGAAGAGGGAGAAGAGACUGAGGAACGGACAGAGGAGGGGGGAGGUUGCAUGGUGGCGCCACCCCCUCCCCUGUUCGUGUAUGCUGACAUUGAAGCUUUUCAGAAUGCGGAGGGCAUCUUUAUUGCAAACUUGCUCUGUUAUUCGUCUUCAGAUGAAGACACUGUUCACGUCUUGGACGGGGAGGACUGUGUACUCACAUUUUUACAACAACUGGACGAUCUAACAGAAGUACCAGGCAAAGAACAACAAAGACAAGUCAUUGUGGUCUUCCACAAUUUAAAGUCAUUUGAUGGAGUGUUUCUAAUACAUGAACUGUAUGACCAGCAAAGGUCUGUAGAAAACCAAAUAACAGUGGGUGCAAAGGUCUUGUCCUUCACAAGUGGAUUACUCAAAUUUAUAGACUCUCUUUGCUUUUUACCUAUGCCACUAUCGUCAUUUUCCGCAACCUUCAAUCUUACAGAACUGAAGAAGGGGUUCUUCCCCCAUCUUUUCAACUGCCCGGAAAACCAACAGUAUGUGGGCCGUAUACCAGAUUUAGAAUUUUAUGAUCCUGAUGGAUUAAUGGAAAACAGAAAAAACGAACUGUUGCAAUGGCACGGAGACCAAGUAACGCGAAACGUUACGUUUCAUUUUCACAACGAAUUAAUUGCUUAUUGCAAAUCUGAUGUUCAAUUGCUGAAACAAGGUUGUGAAGCCUUCCAGCAAGAAUUUCAAAGAGAGGCAGGGUUCAACCCUAUGGCUGAGUGCUUCACCAUCGCUUCAGCCUGCAACCUCUACUGGCGCAAGAAGCAUUUACCGCCCAACACUAUAGCGGUUGAACCCCUUCAGGGGUGGAGGGGGCCAAAUGUGAAUCAUUCAUUAAAAGCAAUACAAUGGCUGUACUUCCAAGAACAGCUUAUUCCAAAACAGGGCGCAAGUGCAGAUAGAAUCAAACACGUCCGCAAUGGUGGCGAACAGUCCAUUCGCACUGCAAACAAGUUAUACUUCGUCGACGGAUAUGAUUGUUCUACACGCACUGUGUAUGAAUUCCACGGGUGCAUUUACCAUGGAUGCAGGAACUGUUACCCAAACAGAGACAUAAAACAUUAUGCCGCUCCCGAUCGUACGGUAGAAGAAUUAUAUCAAGCAACUCUGGCCAAACGUAUGGCCCUCCUCCGAGAGGGUUACAAAGUGCUUGAAAUUUGGGAAUGUCAAUGGCACAGACAGGUGGAAACAAAUGAAGCGGUCCAAUGA